AAAAAAAUUCUUCAGAAGGGGCAAACCGCUUAUCAGAGGAAAGGGUCUACUCAGCUUUUCUGCUCCACGCUGUGCAUCACUGAGUACAUGUCAUCUGCCAAUUCACCAGCUCUUCCCAAGAGAACUUGUUCAAACUGCUCAAAGUAUAUAACUCUAAAUUAUGCCCCCUUUAGUUCCCUACGUAGAUCUUGAUCAGAGUCUUGGCUGUAACUGUCUACGUUUUCAUUUUUUCUUUUUUUUUUAAGAUUUUAUUUAUUUAUUUGACAGAGAGAGCAAGAGAGCACAAGCAGGGGGAACAGCAGAGGGAGAGGGAGAAGCAGGCUCCCCGCCGAUCAGGGGAGCCGAACCCAAUGCAGGGUCGAUCCCAGGACCCUGGGAUCCUGACCUGAGCCGAAGGCAGAUGCUUAACCAUCUGAGCCACCCAGGCGCCCCUAUUUUCAUUUUUUCUGAAGAAGUAUCACCUUGGUUUAGUGAAAAGAAGCUGUUUCUGCUUUCAGUUUCUCUGUUAGAUUCUUCAGAAAUAUUUUUGUUGAGAGAUUUGCAGAAAUUAAAAUGUAAGGAGUUCUUUUUCUCUUCAGCUUUAAAUAAUGUGACUUCUGAAACUUACUUUCCUAUUCUUCAUUUGAAAUUCUCUAUAAAUGGGAUUAUUCUGUGCCCAUUCUGUCUUAUCAUUUAACCAUAGAAUGUGCAAACCACUAACACAUUAAUCACAUAAUAGUUAAUUUGGAUCUUCCAAGGUAUAAAAUAACCAAGUAUAACAUUAUAAAAUAAUGUUUCUCAUAAUGGUAAAUGAAGUUAUUUGACUCUUUUGCAAAAUUGAAUAGUCAUAGGUAAACAUGGAUGGAUGUAAUUUCAAGAUUUCACUGAGCUACUGUUGGGGUCUGUAUUGCUUACUUUUUAUAUGUGUAUAUAUAUGUGGCAAUUUAGAUGCAGAGAAAGGAAGUGGUAGUAAUCUCAUAAUGAAUUAGUGGAAAAUGUCCAAAACUUUGAACUCUACUCUGAGAUGUAUAAAAAUUCAUUGUGCUUUGAUAAAGCACAUAGUAAAAUUCUGGUUUGUUAGUACUCCUUAAAUGCUAUUGCUAAAUUUUAAAUGUUUUUUGUUUCAGAACAAAGAAAACACAUAGGCCACCAGUUUUACUCACAAAUAUAAUAAAUUCCUUUCAUGUGUCUCAUUUUGGAAUCAGGUUGCUAUAAUUUGAAUCUUUCUUCCUCCAUUUACGGUUAUAUUGUGCAACUCGUAGCAGCUGUAUCAGUACCAUCUGGGAGCUUGUUAAAUAAAAAUACAGAAUCUCAGGCCUCACCCAGACCUACUGAAUCAGAAUUGCAUUUGUCCCCAGAUGAUACAUUUAUAUGCUAAAGUUUGAAAAGCAUUGAAAACGUCUUGGUAUUCCCAUUUGUUUUGUUAAAUGGACAUAAGAAUUAUGAUCAUUAAAUAAUAGAUUUAAGUGAUCAGAGCAACACUGGCAUGUAGUAAAACCUCAAUAAAUGUUAAUUAUCACUGUUAUUCUCUUAACAAACUCAAAAACCCUUUUUAUUGGUUGCUUCAGCUCCUUGUUUGGCUGCUGCUUCGGGUAUUAUCCAUUGCUUCUAGUCUUACUCCCUGAAACUCAACCUUUCUUCUUGUGUUUUUUUCAACCCUUCAAUACUAUGUCUUUUUUCCUUUUUGCUAAGGGCUGUAAGGCACUCUCUUCAGUCUGCUUUCUUUCUCUACAGAAUCAUAAAACUGGAAGGGACCUUAGAGAUCAUCCAGUCCAAACAUUUUCUUUUGGUUUUGGGGAAGCUGAGGUCCUGAGAAGUUAAGAGACAUCUUAAAUCUAAAGGAUGUGAUCAGUGUCCAGCUAGAAGAUAAUACCUCUAGCAAAAAUUUUUGCAGCCAAUCUUGUCUUUCAUCAUAUGAAGAAAAAAGAAAAGCAUUUGUUACCAUAUGUACUAAUAGCAUUUUAACCAAGUGCAGCAUGUGUCAGAAGACUACUGUUAAACCAACCAAAACACUUACAUCUGUUCCUUGCAAAUCAUUGAAGCCCUCCGAUGAAAUGAUUGAGACCACCAAUGACUUGGGGAAGACAGACCUUUUUUGUUCUAUUAAUUGUUUCUCUGCUUACAAUAAAGCUAAGAUGGAAUCUUCUACAGUAAACGUUUCCAUGGUACAUGAUGCCUCAACGGAUCUCUUUUCUACAAAGAAAGAUACAACUCCAGUUAUAAGCAAUAUAGUGUCAUUGGCAGAUACUCAUGUUUCCCUACCCAUCAUGAACUCUGAUGUCUUACAAGCAGAUACAGUUUCUUCAGUAACAGCAAAUGUCAUUGUAGAUAGUUUACCCAGUGAAUCAAGUAGUGGUGUUGCUACUAGUAGUGUUGAACAGCCAAGCCUUUCACCAUCUUCAUCAAUACCCAGUCAGCAUACGGUUGACUCCAGUGUGGAAGUCCAAAAAGAUCGAGUGUCAAGCCAAGAUGCUACAUACAAUAUGAAAUCUACGAAAGUAAGUGAUGGACUGUGUCACCCAAAAUUUACAUCCAGAGUACAAAAAGUUAAAGAUAAGUCACAAAGCAUUAAAAAAUCUUGGUGUUCAAAUUUCCAGCAUUUGAAAAACAGUAUUAAAAAGGAUGUGACAUUCUGCUAUUCAUGCCAGUUGUUCUGCCAAAAAAAUUUUAGUUGUGGAAGAGAAUCAUUUGCAGCCCAAGGAAUUUCUAGUUGGAAAAAGACUCUAGAGAAAUUCAGAAAGCACGAAAAAAGUGAAAUGCAUUUGAAGUCAUUGCAGUUUUGGAGGGAAUACCAGUUUUCUGAUGAAGCCGUCAAUGACAAUUUAUCUAUUCAUUCAAAACAGAUUGAAGGAAAUAAAAAGUACCUAAAGCUUAUAAUUGAAAAUAUUUUAUUUCUUGGGAAGCAGUGUUUACCAUUAAGAGGAAAUGACCAAUCAAUUUCAUCUGUGAAUAAAGGCAAUUUUUUGGAACUGUUAGAAAUCAGAGCAAAAGAUAAAGGAGAAGAAGUAUUUCGACUUACGAAUUCACAAGUUGACUUCUAUAAUAGCACACAAAUUCAAAAUGAUAUUAUUGAAAUAAUAAAGACUGAAAUGCUGCAAGAUAUUGUGAAUGAAAUCAAUGUCUCUUCAGCUUUUUCAAUAAUAUGUGAUGAGACAACUGAUAGUGCCACUAAAGAACAGCUUUCAAUUUGUGUAAGAUACCCGCAAAAAAUGUCUAAGUCUAUCUUAAUUAAAGAAAGAUUCUUGGGUUUCAUAGAUACUGAAGAGAUGACUGGGACUAACUUACAUAGGACUAUCAAAACUUACCUGCAGCAAGUUGGAGUUGAUCUGAAUAAGAUAUGUGGCCAGUCCUAUGAUAGUACCACUAAUUUGAGGGGAAAGUUUAAUAAAAUUGCAACAGAAUUCAAGAAAGAAGAGCCAAGAGCUUUGUACAUACACUGUUAUGCACAUUUUUUGGAUUUAGCAGUAAUUAGGUUUUGUAAAGAAGUGAAAGAACUCCGAAGUGCUCUAAAUUCUCUCGACUCUUUGUUCAGCACUAUCCAUAUGUCUCGGGAAAUGUCUGCAAAUUUUCAAAAUAUUUGUAAGCUAAGUCAAAACAAAACAUGCAAGAAACAUAUAUCACCAUCAUGUUGGACAGUCCAUAAUCAUAUUUUACUGUCUGUGAUUGAGGGCCUUCCAGAGAUUAUUGAAACAUUGGAAAUUGUAUCAAACCAUUCUUCAAACACAAGUUUGGGUGAUGAAUUGAGUGAUUUGUUAAUAUUGGUUUCCAAAUUUGAAUUUAUCUUUUGUUUGAAAUUUCUUUAUCGAGUAUUAAGUGUUACAGGAAUUCUUUCCAAAGAGCUUGAAAGUGAAACCAUAGAUAUUUUUUCAUUGUCUUCAAAAAUAGAAGCAAUUUUGGAGUGUUUAUCUUCUGAAAGGAAUGAUGCCUAUUUCAAAACUAUCUGGGAUGGAGCAGAGGAAAUAUGUCAAAAAAUAACCAGUAAAGGUUUUGAAGUUGAAAGACCUUCUUUUCAGAAAAGAAGAAAAAUUCAGAAAACAGUAGAUCUUGGCAAUUCAGAUAGUAUGUUUUUUCCUACUUCAACAGAAGAACAGUAUAAAAUUAAUAUUUAUUACCAAGGAUUGGAUACUAUAUUAAAUAAUUUAAAAUUAUGUUUUUCAGAGUUUGAUUAUUGCAAAAUGAGGCAAAUUUCAGAACUAUUAUUUAAGUGGAAUGAACCAUUAAAUGAAACAACAGCCAAACAUGUCCAAGAAUUUUAUAAACUUGAUGCAGACAUCAUCCCAGAACUUAGAUUUUAUCGGCAGUAUGCAAAGCUCAAUUUUGUCAUAGAUUAUGAUCGUAUCAACUUCAUCAAUCUUGGCUGUUUGUUUAUUCAGCAUGGUCUUCACAAUAAUAUUCCUUGCAUAUCAAAGUUAUUAUAUAUUGCUUUGUCUUGGCCAGUUACUUCAAGUGCUGAAAAUUCAUUUUCUACACUGCCCCGUCUUAAAACAUAUUUAUGUCAUACCAUGGGACAAGAGAAGCUUAGCGGCCUAGCCCUAAUGGCUGUUGAGCAGGAAUUGGUAAAUAAACUGAUGGAACCUGAAAGACUCAAUGGAAUUGUGGAAAAGUUUAUCCAUCGGAUGAAAGAAACAUAACACUUGCUCCAAUUUACCUAAAAGAAUUUUGUUUUUCUGCUGUAAUAUUUGUUUUUAUUUCAAUAUUUUACCUCCUAAAAAAAUUUUUUUUCAUCAGAACAUGUAACAUUCACUUGUUUCAAAAUCAAAAAACAGACUGAAAAGGGAAAAGUCUCCUUCCCUUUUUUAGUACCCAGUUCUCCCUCCCUGUAGUGUUAUCUGUUUCUGUAAUAGCCUCCUGAAGACGUUUUUCACAGAUAGUACUCUGCAGUGCACACCGUUCUUCAGCUUGUCCACUUAGCAUAUUUUUGAGAUUGUUUAUAUCAGUACAUAAAGAGUUUCUUGAUUUUUUUUACAACUGCAUAAAAUUUCAUUGUAUGAAUGUACCAUAAUAUAUUUGAGCAGUCCCCAACAAUAAACAUUUCGAUUCUUUCCAGUU